AGCGACCGGCUUCUUACAAAAUCUUUGAUUCUUCGGUUUAGAUCGCACUGUUUGUACUUUUCUGUCCCUUCUGGCUGACCGACACAGUCAUUCUACACGUUUGUGUGGAUCCAUACAGCAUCAUUUCUACUGAGAAAAUCCACCAUUCGACCUUUCCAGAUCUCAGAACUCGCUGGAUUUCUAAAGCUCGCAACGGUAACUCGAUUCUGUCAAGACCCUGCAUACCGCAUGUGCGGCUCUCGGCAGUCGUUUCAUAUGAUUACUAUUCAAUCAUCUGUUUAUUUGUACGGCUCAACUGGAUGAUUGGUAAUUAUACAGAACGUAACCACCAAGGGUGUGCAUCUCAGCAACAGCCACGAGGUCAACCAAAGUCUUACUUGCAUAUGUCUUAGAGACUACGUUGACAGUCUGUUCUUGGCCUGGAUAUAAAGUGUCAUGUCCCCAAGUUUCCACAACUUUAAAACGCAUGUUCGACGCUUCCUCAGAAUGGCAGACUCACCACGCACUUCCUCAUCGGCCACCCUCUCUACUCAUGGGCACGAUAGAGAUGCAGACAGAGACCUUGAGAAAGAAGAAACCGAAAACCCUGUAGAUACGUCAAAUGGAGACCUUGAAAAAGGAAAUGAGGAACAGCAGACUCGUCCCGCAGUUUUGGACUGGGACGGACCCGACGACCCAGAAAACCCCAUAAAUUGGCCAAAAUGGAAACGACGAUUCCAUGUUGUACCACCGGCCGUCAUAUCCUUCGCUGCCACUCUAGGCUCAUCAAUAUACACACCAGCCUUCCCAACCAUCAUGGAGAAAUGGAAUGUCUCCUCAACUGUCGCUCUUCUCCCACUGACACUCUACGUUCUGGCCUUGGGGUUUGGACCUAUCAUUGCAGCACCUCUUUCCGAAACCUAUGGUCGACAUAUUGUCUACUUGACAUCCGCGCCACUUGGCGCACUUUUCACCAUGGGCACUGGCUUCUCGCAAAAUAUCGAAACGCUAUGCAUCCUUCGAUUCUUCUCCGGCCUGGCUUUCUCCCCUGCACUAGCCAUUGGAGCUGGGAGCAUUGCCGAUGUAAAUAAGCCUGAAAAUAGAGCUGUGCCGUCAGCGCUCUACAUCUUGAGUCCGUUCUUGGGGCCUGCCUUGGGGGCUGUGAUCGGAGCAUUCGUAACAGUCCGCAAAGACUGGCGCUGGACACAAUGGACGCUGAUAUUCUUCGCAAUCUUCGCCUUCAUACUCACCACAUUCGCCCGCGAAACGCACAAAAACACCAUCUUGACCAGGCGGGCAAGACGUCGCAAGCUUCCACCACCACCUUCGCCAUUCCCAAGCCGCUCGGCCAAGAUUCGAUUCUUGAUCACUGUGACGUUGAUCCGGCCACUGCACAUGCUGAUGACCGAGCCGAUCGUGGCUUUCCUUUCCCUCUACGUAGCCUUCAACUUCUCCGUCCUCUUUGCUUUCUUCGCCGCAUAUCCGUACGUGUUCAAGAGCGUGUACGGCUUCACAGUCGAGCAAGCAGGAUUGGUCUUCCUAGCUAUCGGUAUAGGCUGUGUCCUUGCAGUUCCAACUGUACUCGCCUGUGACUACUGGUUAUAUCAGCCGAAAGUCAGAGAAGCAAAGCGGAACGGUGGGAGUGGAGCUGUGGCUCCCGAGUACAGGUUAUAUCCUGCAAUGAUUGGAAGUUUUGGGCUGCCAAUAGGACUUUUUUGGUUCGCAUGGACAGCCCGCUCAUCCGUCUCCUGGGCCAGUCCCGUCGUCUCAGCAAUACCCUUCGCUUGGGGCAAUCUCAGCAUUUUCAUCGCAGCAGCAACAUAUCUCAUCGACGCCUACCAAGCGCUGAACGGCGCUUCUGCAGUCGCAGCGAAUGGUCUUUUGCGGUACACGCUCGGUGGUGUCUUCCCGCUUUUUACUCUUCAGAUGUACAGAAAUCUUGGAAUCGAUUGGGCGACAAGCUUACUGGGCUUCAUCGCUGUGGCGCUGAUGCCGGUUCCUUGGGUGCUGUUUAAGUUUGGGAAGCAGAUUAGGAAGAGGAGUGCGUAUGAUAUGAGUAAUCUUUAG